AUGCUGUCCAAUAUCGACGAGAAAGAUAAUUUGGCCCGGAUGGAGAGAGGUGAGCUCUAUUACGCCUUCUCCCCGGAGCUGGUCGCUGCGCGCAAACGAUGUGGACGUAUUGUCGGUCAACUCAACCGUGCGGGGGAAUUGUCCCGGCGAGAACUGGCAGUGUACUGGAAAGAGUAUGUCCUGAGCUUUACAUUCUUAAUCCAGGAAGACCUGUCUAACAAAGGAUCCUCGGCCUCUGCCGCCCCCGGAGCGACAGACGAAGAAGAGGAUGCAAUCCUGCAUGAGUAUCCGUGGAUUGAACGACCUAUCAACAUCGAUUACGGAACAAACAUCAAAGUUGGCAGUAACGUCUUCAUCAACUUCAACUGCACUAUCCUCGACACGUGCCUUGUAUCAAUUGGAGCGCGCACUCUCAUCGGGCCCAAUGUGUGUUUCUUCAGUGGCACUCACCCUUUAGAUCCCGACCUCCGCAACGGUACCAAUGGCCCAGAAUUAGGGUGUCCUAUCACGGUUGGCGAAGAUUGCUGGAUUGCCGGAAAUGUCAUUAUUCUACCGGGAGUAACAAUUGGCGACGGAUGCACCAUCGGUGCAGGCAGCGUGGUCACAAAGGAUGUCCCAGACUGUCAUGUUGUGGCCGGGAACCCUGCUAAAAUAAUUCGCAAGAUUGAGCGCAGUGGUAGACCAAACGACCAGGCCGGUGUGCAAGGCCCGACUAACGGUUCUUGA